UGUUGUUUUUGUUUUUUUUGGGGGGUAUAUAGAUAUUUCCAAUUUUAUUCUGUAGUUAACAAUCUCUUCUAUUAAAGGCUAAUUUUAAAUUGUUCUAUUAAUACAGGACCAGUAUGAAACCAUAUUCGUCGCCCUUCUAGAACUGGCACGCUUUGGCAAAACAAGCUUAGCUAAGGUUGAAUUCCUGCAGCAAUAUGCAAAACAGAAAGGAUCUAUGAGAAUGGAAAAGAAAACCGUUGAUGAACUUGCACAGGAAGUUGUGAAAUUAAAUGAAACAUCUUAUACAGAUCCUCCUGACCAGUAUCAAAUUUGGAUUGAUGGACGCAGUGACAUGUUUGUAGUGCUUCCACCUUCAAAGCUAACCAAACAUGGAUACCUGCUGAUACCAGAACCUGAAGGGGCUAAAGAUAGUUUCUGGAAGAUGGUGACUGAAAAUGACUCCUAUACAAUUAUUACACUAAGCGCUGAGUCUGGCGGUGGCCUUAUCCCACAAACAAGUCAGACACUGACACAUGGGAAGACAACCAUUACUGCACUUCGUCAGACUUCCAUCAUCCAUGAGAUAACGGAGAAGACACUGCAAGUUGACACAAAG